CGUCUCCAGUGCGUAAACUGGGAUCUGUCGGUGCGUCUGCAGAGGAGCUCACAGGUGCCGGUUGCAGGCGUGCAGGAGCCGUCCAUCACCGUGCAAUGAUCAAUGAACGGAUGCAUCCUCAAACAGCACAUAUUUCAUAUUUAAUAAUCAAUAUUUAACCGUGAAGAUGUUGACGGACAUGGUGGUGGAGCAAGAAUUCGAGAUGAAAGAAGAGGAACCCUGGUACGACAAGCAAGACCUUGAACAUGACCUGCAGCUGGCAGCCGAGCUCGGGAAGUCUCUCCUGGAGCGAAACAGGGAGCUGGAGCAAGGUCUGCAGCAGAUGUACUCCACCAACCAGGAGCAGCUGCAGGAGAUCGAGUACCUGACGAAGCAGGUGGACCUCCUCAGGCAGGUCAACGACCAGCACGCUAAAGUGUACGAGCAGCUGGACGUGUCGGCCCGAGAGCUGGAGCACAGCAACCACAGGCUGGUUCUGGACAGCAGGACGGCGCAGCAGAAGAUCCAGGGGCUGACGGAGACGGUGGAGCUGCUGCAGACGCAGGUGGAGGAGCUGCAGCAUCAGGUGGAGGAGCUGAAGCUGAGUCCGUCUCCUACUCCGAAGCCUCCGCACAGAGAGACGUGGCCUCCGCGCAGCACUCAGAGCGUGUCCUGCCUGAAAGAGCUGCAAAACACUCUCAGGUACGAAUACGACGAACCCUCAGACGGCCUGGAGUCCUCCGACAUGUCGUGGCACGAGGAGGAGCAGGCGUCGCUACGACAAUCCCUCCGCAGCCUCCAGACCCAGUUCGCCAGCGAGCGAGCUCGGCGGGAGGAGUCGGAGCGAGAGGCCGAGCUGCUCGCCCGUGAAAACGCAGCGCUGGAGCAGCAGCUGGUGGGGAUGGAGGGCUGUCGGGCCCGAGUGUCUGAGCUGGAGCGUGAGUCCGAGGAGCUUCGCCAGCUCUGGAAAUCCGAUUCCUCCACCAGCUCCACCCGGCCGGACGUCGUCCACAGCCUGCUGCCCAACGCCAUGUUCCUCCCGCCGGAGGAGGAGAACGAUGGAGGCCCAGCACCUGCAUCCAAAAGCCCCUGGGUCCUGAAGCGCUGGGACAGUGAGCGGCUGAUGAGGGCGACCCUGACGCCCGACUCCCCCGACAGGGUCUACGACCACGAGUGCUCCUGCGUGCGCCGUGCAGAGGUGGUGAAGUAUCGCGGGAUCUCGCUGCUCAACGAGGUGGACGCUCAGUACAGUGCUCUGCAGGUGGAGUACGAGGAGCUGCUGAGGAGGUGCCACCUUGGGCAGCAGCAGCAGCAGCAGCAGCAGCAGGAAGAGGAGCUGACCCAUAAGUCAGUCCACGCUGCAUCUCUCGCCGCCACUUGUCCUGCUUUGAAGGACAUGGAGGACCGUGAGGAGGACUUUCACCAGCCGGAGUACAAGGAACUCUUCAGGGAGAUUUUCUCCCGCAUUCAGAAAACCAAAGAGGACCUGAUUGAAAACCGAGUGGGACCCUCCGCUGGUGAAGUGCUGCCUAUUGUGCAUUAGAAUAAAAAAAAAGACCUGCUGCAAGAUGAAUUAUUGUCUUCCAGCUAAAGAGCGACUCUUUAGAAAGACUCUUCCAGCAGCUCAUGAAGCGCGCUAACUUUACUUUGGUAUUAUUCGAUGCAGAGGGGUUCAGAGAGGAGAGUGGUGCAGGAACCAGAAGAACAAACACCAGCAGCUCAUGUCUCAGAUGUGGCUCUCUAUGCACAGAAACACCAGUGCCUCACGCUGCCGCCUCUACUGUGCACUCGCUCUACCUCACUCUGCACAGCCCUGUUAACAAACAAGCUCCUGAGAACAUCCUCUCUGGGUCUUCCUCUCAGUAGCCGUGUCGGUAACAGUUUAUUCUACCGGUCCCAAAGUUUCCUAGAAAGACCUAAAUUCAUAAAAAGCUUCUUGGAAAAGAUGUAAGUUGGUGCUAAUUGUAGAGAAAAUGGAGACAGUGUUCAAUUUAAAACAAUAUAAC